GCCCGUGGCGUUGCUGUGGAGAUGGUGCGGUUCAAACACCGGUACCUGCUGUGCGAGCUGGUGUCGGAAGACCCCCGCUGCCGCGCCUGCCUGGAGGAGCGGGUCCUGUUCGGCGUCGUCCGGGACGCCAUCGCCCGGGCGCACGGAGCCUUCGGUGCGGCCGCCUGCUCCCUGGCCCUGACAGUGAAAUACCUCAAUGCUUAUACUGGGGUAGUGCUCCUUCGAUGUCGGAAAGAAUUCCACCAGCUCCUGUGGUCAGCUCUGCCCUUUAUAACUUAUUUAGAGAAUAAGGGACAGCGCUAUCCCUGCUUCUUCAACACACUGCACGUGGGAGGGACCAUCAGAACCUGCCAGAAGUUCUUGGUUCAGUACAACAAGCGCCAGCUUCUGAUCUUACUACAGAACUGCCCCGAUGGAGAGGAACGGGAGUCUAUCAAAAAGUCCAUCAUGAGCUGUUCAUUAGAAGAACAGCAGGAAGAUCAGCUCUCACAAAGUGGAAGUGAGGAGGAUGCCACAGGGAUGGAAUGAGCAUCUGCCGGGAAACAAGGCCACCCUGAUGCCCUCUCACAAAUGCAGUGAAGUUUCAACUUGCCACCUCUAUCCAUUCUAAAGGUGGAUUCAACCCAGACACCUAAGGCAGGUAGCAAAGCCUCUCUGUUCUCUGCCUCAGAGGAGGUUCAGGAGCAAAAUCCCUGCGGUCAGGAACCAUGACCUUGUGAAGCAAGAGCUAUUUUUAUUUCUGUUUAUUCCUUUUCAAUAUAAUUUUUGUUGCUGUGAACAAAUGCCCUCUCCCUCCCUUGCAAUGGUUCCGUUUUCAUAGAAGUCGCGGGCAGAACAAUCCAACAAAUUUGGCCCCAUUGGAAUCUGGUAAAAGGAUCCCCUUCCCCCACCUACCUCCAAGACCAGUCAUUCACACUAACCCUCCCUAGCAGGGUCAUUCUUCCCUUGCUCUUAGGAAUUCCUAGGACAGUUAGGUGAGAGCACAAAGGCAUUUUUUUUGGACUUUCAUGCUGAAUGUCAUUUUUAUUAAACUCUGUUGGUUUUCCUGGUUAGUCUUACUUGAAAUGGGAUUAAGUGCAAUGGGUUGCACUUAGCUCCAGAGCCAUGGGCUAGCCCCGCCUUUCCCUGGAAGAAAACCAAGUGAACAGGAAAACACAAGGGCCAGUAUCAUUGCAAAAGCCAGCAAACACUAGAGGUUUCGGCUGCUGGACCUGGGCCCCUUCCUCAGGCCAGCUCCCUCCUGUAACUGCUUGCUACCCAGCUUGAUCUAAAAGGAGGGGAAGGGGAAAGAAAGGAGGCUGCCAUUUGUUUGAGCUACACUGGAGAGGAUUACCUGGGGUACAGUUUAGCCAAGUCCUAGGUUUCUGGUUUUUAAAAAAAGAAGGCUCACGCUUCUUCUUGUGCAUAUGAUUUAUUGCAACUGUUUGCCUUCGCCAUUACGUUACACCUAGAGGUCACUUUAUUCAACAACAACAAAAAUCCACGUCACUGAAACUCGGCUUCAAACCAAACCCCAAGCAGCACAUAGUGAGACUGCUCUAGAAAAUGAGAGAGGCAGAUGUAUGGGGCCUUACUGCUUUCAGCCCAGCUCAGUAUCGAGCCUGUGCGCCUCCUGCAUCCCAACUGGAGGUCCUAGCUCAACAGCAGUGGUUUCCUCUGCCAAAUAAUCGACUGUCCCUGCUUGUGUCCCUCAGACCUGUCCCAUUGGUAUCUCCUACCCCAACCGUGAGGUAGGCAUGUGGUCACUGCAGCUUUCUAACCAGAGUUAACUUCCUGAGCCAUUCAGUAGAGAGGAAUUGAGUUGAAUUGAGAGGAACUGAGGUUGAAGCAAAAGGUUGGACUUUCCCAGGCAAGUCCAAAAUCCAACUACUAUGUACUUGGAGGCCUAAAGUCCUCCGAAGUUGGCACUACAGGCUCUCUGCUGGUCAGAAGAAAAACAAUUGCAAUCUGAGCUGGAUGUCCUAAAUCCAAUCUACUCCCACACCCUUCUGUUCUUUAAAAAAGAAAAAGAAAAUCUGGAACAGGUAGAAGAGACUAACUUGUAAAAAAAGAAAAA